AUGACAACGAUUUCCGUCCAACUGCGUGGUGUGGUGUACCUGUUUGUACUUAUGCAAUGUUUUUCUGAUUUGGUUCGCGCUCAAGAGGUGAGGAGGUCUGCAAAGGAGGUUGCAACAACGGUUGUAAACAAUAGUAUUGAGGUGGAGGUGAAGGAUCGGCAGACGGCAUUGGGGUCGUUUUUGGAUAUCCCCAAAUACACCGAUGAUGAUCUCGAAAGAGACGAGGUUUUGAUGGGUAAACUCGACUUGAAGAUUGCAGUAAGAAUCGCGUUAAGAGACCUCAGUAAGUCAGAGGAUCUUUUUAAGAGGGGAACGGCUUGUAUAUCCGAGUGGGAUAAGGUGGUUGCGGCAAAUGAGAAAGCGUUUAGGGAAGCCAAAGAAGCCACCGAGAAGAUUGGCGUACUUGUUGCGAGGGCCAAGAAGAUAAAAGAGGAAGCAAAGACAGUUAAAAGUGACACGAAAAACACUAAAGCGAAGGAGCUCAAUGAUGUGUUUGUGGAGAUACGAGACCUUCUGAAGGGGACAAAGGACAGGGCACCAAAUGCGGACACGGUGUUUAAAAUCGUGGAGGCGGAUCAUGCGGAGCGCAUCUGUUUGUCCAUACGGCAUGACGUGGAGUAUGUUAUGGGCGAUCUAAAACAGAGAUUGGAGGGUAUCACUACUUAUAAGGGAGAAUAUGAAAGUUGUGAUAAGGCAGUUAAGGUGAAAAGUGCGGUCGAGAAGGUACACGGCACAUUAAAAUACGUCACGAAUCUGAUUGGCAACGCCACAGUUCAUGACAGAUUUUCGGUGGGUAAAGCCAAGGCGCAAGUAGAGGUUUGGAAAAAGGCGUACACAGACCUUGCGGCCAUGGAGAGAUUGGUAGUAACUCAGGUGGGGGAUGGUCGCGUGGAAACAGAAUUCGAGGUUAAAGCCAAUAAGGUUCUAGACGAAAUACAAAAUGAUAUCACGGCACCCAAAACAAUAAUUGAUAAUUCCACGGACAAAAAGAAUGAAGGUACAGUGGUCAAGAAGAAAAAGAUCGUCGAAGAGGUCAACAGAAGAGUGGAUGUGGCAACUAAAGCCGUGGGCGAGCGCAUUGUGGAGGAAAAGAAAGAGAUUGCCGAAGAAAGAGCACGAAAAGCUGCAGAAGAAGCAAGAAAAGCUGCGGAAGAGGCCAAGCGGAAGAGGGAUGAGGAGGAAAAGAGGAGGCAAGAGGCAGCACAGAAGGCCAGGGAAGAAGAGGCGAGAGAGGCAGUGGAAAGGGACAGAGAAGUAGAUGCAAGACUGGCAGGAGAGAAGGUCAGGGAAAAUGCAGCGAGAGAGGUAGCAGAGAAGGCCAAGAAAGAAGCGGAACUGGCAAGGGAAAAGGCCAAGAAAAAGAAGGAUGGUGGCAACGGUCCUGCAUUGGUGCACAGUUCCAUGCUGCUUCUUGUUUUACUGACUGGACUGGGCUACACUCUCAUGUGCUGA